AAAAAUACUGUCAUCAAUUUAGGAUGGGAUUUUUGCGGCGAAAGCUACCACAGGAUGUCUCUUACCAAGUGCCAUGGUGGCUGGAAGAAUGAGUGGGUUUACAAAUUUAAAGAACAUGGGUACAACGGACUCUCGAAUUACAUGCGAUGGAAUAAGUACGGGAAGAACAAAAAUAUUCGUGUAUACGUAUUGGACUAUUCGUACAUCAAGGAGUUGAAAAACUUUGUAACAAAUGAGUCCCCAUUUAUUGACCUCGACAGCAUCGCUCCUUCCACCGGCUUCCUU